UGCUGAGGGCUGAACUUGCUGCAUGCAGGCAGGAGCUGGAGCAGGAACGGAGCAGAGGUUGGGUUCUGCUUCAGCAGCCCAGGAACAAAGGUAAACGGUUCUGUUUCUAGUGGAAAAGUUUGAGCUGACUUUUUAGACACAAGGGGGCGUUUGAGUGCAGUGGGUUUCUAUUUUGCAGGGGUCGACCUGGAGCAGACUAAUGGAAAAGAACAAGUGGCAAAGUGAGUUGGGUUUAAUCCAGGUUUAACUUUGAAAGGGAGCUUUUUUUUUUAUUGUCACCUUUGUCUUUUAGGUUUUCAGGCUCGAUACCAUCUGACUCACAGAGCGGCCAAAGCAAGCCUCCCCAGGUGAUAAACAUCUCUGAAUGUAAAAUCAUCACAAUCUGACAUGUGAAUACUCUCUAAUGGAGAUGUGUGGAUACAGAGCAGCGAUGUGGAAAGGCUAAGGAAGAAACUUACAGAAAGGGAGAGGGAACUGAGUGACAAAGAACAUUCUCUGAGGAGUCUGGAAAAGCUGAGAGAGACGGAAAGAACAGAAAGUCAAAUGAAGAUUUCUGCUCUGGAGUUGGAGCUCAAUCAGAUGUCUGAAAAUGGUCAAAACCAUGGCGGUCUGCAGGUGGAGGAUUCGAUCAGCGACUCACUGAGACUCCAGCUGGACGAAAGCAGGAAGAGGGCCGAGGAGCUGGAACGGGAGAAGAUGCUGGUGGUCCAGAAGCUUCAAGCACUGAGACAGCAGCUCAGUGUGGUUAAAGAUGAUAAACCAUUGGUUGAAGGCAGGAAGGAGAAAACUGUUGGUUCAGUUAAUCCAGAGACGGAGAGGCAAAGGAGGCUGGUCACUGAGCAGCUGAAGAGCUUGUUCAGGAAGCAAGAAGAAAAAGAAGAGGAGAAGGUUUCUGAAACAGCAGCUUCUCAAGCUUCAUCGUCUCAAGACUGGACGCCCAGCUCCUCAGCUUUAAGGGCUGACAGACAUUGCUGGCACCAAGGCUCAGGUUUGGUGACACUAUUCGAGGAGGAUGAGGAGAGUGCAGGCUCAACAGAGGAGGAGGAAGAAGAUGCAGGGGAGCCUCAUACUGAGGUAAAACCAAAGUUUAGCAUCAACAGCUCCUAAAAUAAUCAUUUAAAACACAGUUCAUGCAUGUGACCUCUAUGUCUGUUGUUUUUCAAUCCACACGAUCAUCAUCGUUUGAUCCUGUUAAGCGGUUUUGUCAAUUUUGAGCAGCCAUCUGCAGU